AUGUUUACAUUUCAGGGACAGAAGUUGCCUUCGCUUCGUUUGAUCCGCCAGAAAACAGACAUACGUCGACGGCUAACCGCCUUACCGUCAACAGCUAACACGUACUCUACUAAAUCUUAGUGAAGUGAAAGCUUAUGAACUCAUCUUUUGAACUAGACCCAGGCGAUCAGCCUGGAUAUAACAAUGAAAUGAAUUACGAUCACCAGAAAAACAGCAGACGAAGAGACAGUGAUAGUGAAGAUUACCCUCACUCCAAACAGGCUCGCAACGAAGAAACCGGCAGACAAACCACGGAACCCCAACAUCAAACAUCUGAAAUGUAUGAAGUAGCAUAAAAUUCUUGUCUCCUGCUGGAUAUUGUAGAACUUGACUACUGGUCAUGCAUUAGUAAUAAACUGAAGCCCUGCUGAUUCGCCACAAGGAUGGAGCCAGCUCUCUUACAUCCCAACAUGUCUGCAGAUCUUAUCCCUGACAGAGAACUGAACAACACUUCAUCCUCUGUCAUGGUACCUGAGGAUGGGUAUUUGCCACCAGUACCUCUGACAGACAUGAAGAGAAUGCAAAUUCUAGAAAAAAUGAGUGAGAAUUGUGAGUCUUUUCUGCCUCAUCAAGAUGGAUAUUUAAGAGUCCUUGACACUUAUGAGAAGGUCCUUGAAUUUAUCUUAGCAGAAGAAAAGGCUACAGGAAUGCAUUUCAUAGGUCACAGGAAGGAAGGGAUUUUUGACAGACUAGGGAAAGAUUUGAAGGCUUUUAUAGGAGAAGGACGGAAGCAUAUAAGAUACUGUGUCACUGGUGGAACAAAAGGAAGAGGUCAUGAUCCAAUUGCUGUGGAAUAUACUGGUGUCCCAUUUAUUGAAGCAGGAACAUAUGUUAUGGAGUGUCAUAUGGGCAAUGACAGUGGAUUGUGGAUCAAAAAGCGAUAUGCAAAAAGAAGGGAUAUGUUAGAAAAAGAAAAUAGUCAAUGUGUUGUGAAGAGACGAUCCAGGACACUAGAAUCAAAGAAGACAGGCUGUCCAGCUAAGGUUCACAUAAAAAGGAUUCUAAGACUGCCAGAAUUUAAGAUUAAGAAAAACAAUGUAGCAGCAAAGGAAAAGAAUCGCUCAAAGAUCGUGAAAGCCCUGAAAAGUGAGUUGGAAGAAGUUCACUUUGAGCAGGAGUACUACGUUCUCAUGCCAGGUUUGGAGUGCCACCAGUACCACGCUGCUGAUGUAGUUGCUGGAGUGAUGGUAAGCAAAACAAAGGAUGGAGAAUUACAUUUGAACCAAAUUAGAAACUAUCUUGAAAACAGGACAUACUUAUCUUCAGUUGCCCCUAAUGAGAAGAAAAGCAUCAGAACUGCUGCCAAGACUUUCAGUGUUGAAGAAUCGGUUAUGUACUAUAUUGGUGAAGAUGGCAGUGAAAAACGAAUUGUAUUGUACACGCCUGUAGAGAAACAGAAAGCCUUUGAUGAAUUUCAUGUAUUACACAAGUCUGGAGAGCACUUAGACUGUACACAAACACUGCUGAUGCUAAAACAGAAAUAUUACUGGAUGAGUAUCUCUGAGGAUGUUGUUACAAUGAUGCAGAGAUGUCAUGUGUGUGAACUUAAGAAGACCAGUACUACUGAUCAUAGACAUAUUCCCAUAAAGAAAUACAAGAAAGCCAACCACAACAGGGAGUCAACCAGGGGAAAGCACAGAAAACAUGCCUUAGCAAGAAGAAGUGCUGUGCAAGAACAAUAUAGAAUGAGGGUCAAGGUUGAGAUACCCAGCACAGAGGAAGACAGUAAGAAUUGUUUUCAGCAUGACCUGCUUCCAGUGCAAAAACAGCCUUUUUAUGAAUCAGAAGACAAGAAACACCUUAAUCUUAGAGUUAAGCAGCAUGGUUCUUUGCAAACUUUAUGUACAUUCCAAGAGGCUCUUCACUACAUUAGAGAAGAAGAGAAAGCCACUGGCAUGCAUUAUAUUGGUCAUCGAAAGGAAGGAGUCUUCGAUAAAGAUGGUCAUGAGCUAAAGGCAUUUGUGAGAGAGGGAAGAAAACACAUCCGGUACUGCAUCACUUUAGGUACAAAGGGACGAGGAUAUGACCCUGUCCCUGUAGAGUACACAGGUGUUCCCUUCAUUGAGGCUGGUACAUAUGUCAUGGAGUGCCACCUAGGAAUGGAUACUGGAAUUUGGAACAAGAGGAGAUAUGCUGCUCGAAGGGAUAGGAUAGAGGAAGAAGAAAUUGCUGUUAUAAAAAGAAGAAAUAGAAUGUACGACACUAAGAAAAUGGGGUGUCCUGCUAAGGUACACAUUAAAAGAAUUCUGAGAUUGCCAGACUUUAAGAUUUGGCAUAACACACCAGCUGAGAGAGAAAAAAAUCGCAAGAGGAUCAUAAGUGCUGUGAGAGGAGACAUAGAGGCAGUUAAUUUUGAAACAGAGUAUUAUGUUCUUAUGCCAGACCUUGAAUGCCACAAGUUCCAUACUGUUGAUGUUGUGGCAGGUGUGUUGGUUACAAAGGGAGAAGGAGGUUGCCAACACCUCAGUCAUGUUCGACAUUACUUAGAGACUGGGACUCAUGCUCGUUCGGUGCCCCUCCAUCGAAAAAAAAGUAUAAGGAAAUCUGCAAAGGAGUUUACGAUGGAAGAUGGGUUAAUGUACUAUCGAGGAAAGACUGGUUAUGAAAGAAGAUUUGUUCCUGCCACGGAGGAAGAAAAGCUCAAGGCUUUUAAUGAAGCUCAUAUUCUAAAGUCGGGCCAACAUUUCAGAAAAGCAGAGACUGUCAGACGGCUUUUGGAAAAUUGUUACUGGACCGACCUGAGUGAAUACGCUCAAGAAAAUGUUGACAAAUGCCAAGUUUGUAGUCUCCACAAGCUCAGGGCAGCCGAUGUGAAAUCCAGUUCAUUAGCUCUACAGCCAAAUAAAGUUGAAGACGGGCUUUCUGACAGUGAACAUUGUACUCAUGAGGUGGCGGCGGAGGACCUUUGCGCUGCAGAAUCUGGGGGAGGCGAAGUCCACGAGAGCUUGUUCGAUGGAGAGACCACAGUCAGCACAAUAUAUGAGAUGAGUGAUGGCGGCAGUCUGGUUGUCAUGGUUGAUGACGCGCUGGAUAUGGAAGAGGUUGGACAAAGAGCGCACAGUAGACACAUCACUAUAAAUGUAUCCUGUGCAGAUUGAAAGCUCGGGAUAGCGUGAGAUAUUGCGCUUGGUGGAGGUUACCAUUUAAAGUCACUUCCCUGACCUGACUUUGGGCUUCGAACUGCAGCAGAUCCAGAGUAACAAUUAGAGGUCAGUGAAUUUAGUAAGAUCUCUCGAAGUGUUUCUGGCUUAAAUUUUGUGUAUUGAAUAUCAACUGAACAAAAUUUCUUUUUCGUACAGUUGCGCUUCCAAGAUGAGACGUACGAACCUCCACUUUAUUUAUCCUUAGUGGACAUGUGUGAUACACUAGUUUGUGCAACACUGCAUAUCAUUCUGCAACCAAAAGUGAUUCACCGGACGCUGUGGAAGGAUUUCUGUGAAAGGAACAAAUAUGUGAGGAGAACUUGGAUCUUUUAUGGAAUAUCUGACUGCGUGCUGCGUGUACUACAAAAUAACCUCUGAGUCCGUUUUUCUUCGUGGUUUCCUUUGUCAGUUCUGCGGCGGCACAACUGAGAAGACUAUAUUAUUUGGCUUUGAUCUGGGAGGUUGGUGAUUUACAGUCUGUUGGAAAAUAGGAGUGUAACGUAUUGUCCAUAGGUUCGACCGAUAUGUUCUUUGUUCUGUUUCGAGAUAAAUCCUAAUGGGCGAGGGAAUUUCGUUGACAUCGACCAGUUAUGUAUCACACAAAGUUUCAAAAGUGAAGCAUAUGUAAUGACAAGAGAAGUCAAUGUAGGGGAAUAUACAAAGAAACUUCUACUACUUGGAAAAGCUGUCCGUGGACGUUACAGAACACGAGCACGUAUCCGGUGCCCCUUUCCUCACCCGGACAAUAACUUCAGUCAACGGACGCCAAGACAGGGAACGGUUGACCGUCGUUACCUUUCAGCGCAAAGAAUGAGGGGGAAGACGGGUUUACUCAAGCGAAAUCAAGGCAACCGGACCGAUUCCUUACCGAAUAUUCCCAGUGAAGUUCUUAAAUAGGAGGCGAAAGACCUUACAUUCUGAAGAUCAGGAUGUUCAACAAAAUUGACCUUGCGACCCAAGUGCCGUAAGAGCAAGACGCAGCAGAAUUUCCUUGCAUCAACAUCAUGAUCAUGAUCGUCGUCGUCGUCAUCAAAUUAUUAUUAUUAUAGUAAUAUUACUACUAUUACUGUGUGUAUAUAACUAUCCAUCUAUCCAUCGUGUAUUUUGCCUCUGUCAAACUGCCUCUCCGGCGGCGCAUUCUCAGUGUGUACUAUGUCUUAGUUGUCAAAGCGCGUUCCUUCUUCUUCACUCUAUCCCACAAGCGUGGAGUGAGGCUCGUGGAAGGCGGGGACAUUAAAGUGCGAUGAAGAGUGGGAAAUGGACCGCUGUACAAAGAUUGAUAUUUUUAUAAUAAAGCACUUUUCAUAGAAUGAA